AUGCGGCAAGUUCGAGGCGUGUGCAAGAUCACGGACUUCGGGCUCUCCACAGACACUCGAAGAAUAUGUGACGGAGGCCAAGUGGGGAAGAACUUUUACAUGGCACCCGAGGUUGUCGCCGGUGAGCGAUACAGCCCUGCUCUGGCCGACGUGUGGUCGCUGGGCAUAAUGUGGUUCAUCAUGUUGACCGGCUCACCACUCGUGUCGUUGGCGCCACCAUCAAAAAAGGUCUUCAGUGCUGUCAAACGCCAUGGCGUUAGUGUUGUCAUUGAGAUGUGGGGUCAAUCGAAUCGAAUCCCAUGGACUACCAUCGCAUUGCUGGAAAAGAUGCUGCAGAUUGACCCACGCCGACGCAUUUGCCUGGACCAAGUGCUGGCAAACCCCUUGUUCUCCGCCAUGACUGAGUAA